AUGGAGAAGAACAAAAUUUCUAGAGUUUGUGUAACAGGGGCUGCUGGAUUCAUUGGAUGUUCGCUUGUUAAAAAACUCCUAGAGCAGGGCCAUACUGUCCAUGCCACUCUGAGGAACUUAGAGGAUGCAUCCAAAGUAGGCCUUCUCAAGUCCCUCCCUAAUGCAGACAGCAAAUUGUUGCUGUUCCAAGCUGACAUAUAUGACCCCAAUGAGUUUCAACCCGCCAUCCAAGGAUGUGAGUUUGUCUUUCAUGUGGCCACUCCAAAGCAGCAUAUCAACCAAAGCUCUCAGAACAAGGACACAGCUGAAGCUGCUGUUGCUGGGGUUAGGAUCAUUGCUGAGUCUUGCAUUCACUCACAGACCGUUAAGCGACUCAUCUACACUGCAAGCAUGCUAGCUGUGUCACCGAGGAGAGAUGACGGGGUUGGAUUCAAACCCUGCCUUGAUGAAUCAUGUUGGACACCUCUUGAUGUCUCAUUUACUUAUGCCACUGAUUUUUCAAUGGGGUAUAUCAUAUCAAAGACAUUAGCAGAGAGAGCAGUGCUGAGCUAUAAUGACAUUGAUAAUGGUAAACUGGAAGUGGUAACGCUUCCUUGUGGCUUGGUGGGAGGAGAAACUCUUCUGUCAUAUUUGGCUACUAGUGUGGGAGUACUUCUUAUAUCACAACUUGCUGGGGACUCUUUUGGUUACAAUGGAUUAAAAUUGAUGCAAGAAGUUAACGGUUCUGUUCCCCUUGUACACAUUGAAGAUGUCUGCCAAGCACAUAUCUUCUGCAUGGAACAACCAUCCAUGAGUGGUAGAUUCUGCUGCGCAGUUGCCAGUCCGAAUAUCAACGAAAUUGCAUGCUACUUCGAAGAAAAUUAUUCAGAACACAAGAUAGCAAAAGAAUUCACUGAAAGCAUCGAAAGACUAGAAGAAGGAAGCAAAUGCGACUUCAGUAAGCUGAUGAAGAUGGGUUUUGAGUACAAGUAUAGCAUGAAGAAUAUACUAGAUGACAGUGCAACAAGUGGAAGGAGGUUAACUAGGAGCUCUUUUUCUCAACUUAUUUAA